AUGGGCCAUCAGCAACAGAUGUACAAAAGUGCCGAGUGCAUUGAUGAAUCUGAUGAGGAUAUACUUGAAAUCAUAUCCUCCAAAACAGACACCAGCUUCCUAUCAUUGAACCGUGGAACUCUGCUCCAAGUAAUGCACGACAGUAUCAAUUGUGAACUUGAUGCAAUGAGCCCUAUCCCCAAGCCAGUGCCAGUACCUGUACAAUCUCCCUCUCCACCUCCAAAGCAGGCUAUGAAACCUAAGAAGAAAAAAGUGUUAUUCAAGUGCUCUGAAGCUCCUCUAACAGAACCCAAGCCAAUUAUUGCUACUGUGGAACCUGCUCAUGAAGUGACAUACAAUGUUCUCAUCCUUCCAUAUGCUGAAAUCAAGAAGGACAAUAACUCUCUGACCUCAAAAAGCAUAAAGACCGAGAAUCUGACAAGGAGAAUGGAAGUAGUGGUGAGGAUAGCAGUAAUGAAGAGCAGAGAAGAAGAGGAAAAAAAAGAAGACUCAAAAAACAAAGGCACAUUGAAUGUUGUGAAAACUGCAAGAAUGCUUCAUCAUUCACUGAAUUUUCAGGCACUGAAGGCAUCUGAUAUUGAUGACAAGAUGAAACCAGUGAAUUGGAAUAUCACAAAGUUGACAGAUUGUUGGGAAAAAAGCCCCAAUUAUGUGACACUUGAAAUGCCUCUAAAUCAUUCCUACUUCAGUAUGGUACUGGUUGAGUUACCAACAGGUCCUGUCCCUGCAUCCAGUGGGCCUGUUGUCAAUGUCAAUUUUCCUCCUGAGCUGUUCCAAGCAAUUUGA